AUGGAGGUGCUUGGAGGGGAGUUUUGCGACUUGACUCCUCAGGAGUUGGCGGCUCCUGUCAACACUGUAGCGGACAAAUGGAAACUGUUGCCAGCCUUUCUGAAGGUGAAAGGCUUGGUGAAACAGCACAUUGACUCGUUCAAUUAUUUCAUCAAUGUGGAGAUAAAGAAAAUAAUGAAAGCCAAUGAGAAGAUCACUAGUGACGCUGAUCCGAUGUGGUAUCUGAGUAAAUAUCUAAAUAUCUAUGUUGGCAUGCCUGAUGUUGAAGAAAGCUUUAAUGUAACCAGACCAGUUUCUCCUCAUGAGUGUCGUCUCAGAGACAUGACCUACUCGGCGCCCAUCACAGUGGACAUAGAGUACACCCGAGGCAGUCAGAGGAUCAUACGUAAUGCUCUGCCUAUUGGGAGGAUGCCCAUCAUGCUGCGGAGCUCAAACUGUGUUCUCACAGGAAAGACGCCCAUGGAGUUUUCAAAGCUCAAUGAAUGUCCUCUAGAUCCAGGAGGUUAUUUCAUUGUAAAAGGUCAAGAAAAAGUCAUCCUGAUCCAAGAGCAGCUGUCAAAGAAUCGAAUCAUUGUGGAGCAGGACAGGAAGGGCGCAGUCGGAGCCUCAGUCACCAGCUCGACUCAUGAGAAGAAAAGCAGAACUAAUAUGAUCGUUAAACAAGGCCGUUUCUAUCUGAGACACAACACGCUGUCAGAGGACGCUCCCAUCGCCAUUAUAUUCAAGGGGAUGGGAGUGGAGAGUGACCAGGAGAUCGUACAGAUGAUCGGCACAGAGGAGAACGUCAUGGCCAGUUUUGCCCCGAGUCUCGAAGAGUGUCAGAAAGCCCAGAUCUUCACACAGACUCAGGCUUUGCGAUACCUUGGUAAUAAAGUGCGUCGGCAGCGUAUGUGGGGAGGUCCAAAGAAGACAAAGAUGGAGGAGGCCAGAGAGCUGCUGGCGUCGCUGAUUCUCACACAUGUCCCUGUCAAAGAGUUUAACUUUCGGGCCAAGUGCAUUUACCUGGCGGUGAUGGUGCGGAGAGUGAUCCUGGCUCAGGGCGACAAUAAAGUGGACGACAGAGAUUAUUAUGGAAACAAACGUCUUGAGUUGGCCGGACAGCUUCUCUCUCUGCUGUUUGAAGAUCUGUUCAAGAAGUUUAACUCUGAACUGAAGAUCGCAGACCAGAUCAUCCCCAAACAGAGAGCUGCUCAGUUCGAUGUGGUCAAGCACAUGAGGCAGGAUCAGAUCACCAACGGCAUGGUCAACGCUAUAUCCACAGGCAACUGGUCUCUGAAGAGGUUUAAAAUGGACCGUCAAGGUGUCACCCAGGUCCUGUCUCGUCUUUCUUACAUCUCGGCCCUCGGCAUGAUGACCAGGAUCUCCUCCCAGUUUGAGAAAACCAGGAAGGUCAGCGGGCCACGUUCGCUGCAGCCUUCACAGUGGGGGAUGCUGUGCCCAUCUGAUACUCCCGAGGGAGAGGCCUGUGGUCUGGUCAAGAACUUGGCUUUGAUGACCCACAUCACCACCGACAUGGAGGACGGCCCGAUCAUCAAACUGGCCUUCAACCUGGGAGUAGAAGAUGUGAACCUGCUGUGCGGAGAGGAGCUGUCGUACCCGAGCGUCUUCCUCGUCUUCCUGAACGGUAACAUUCUGGGUGUCAUACGAGAUCAUCCUAAGCUUGUCAGCACCUUCAGGCUGAUGCGCAGAGCAGGGUUUAUCAAUGAGUUCGUAUCCAUAUCCACAAAUUUGACGGAUCGCUGCGUCUAUAUUUCAUCUGAUGGAGGACGACUCUGCAGGCCGUACAUUAUAGUAAAGAAGGGGCAGCCGAUGGUGAAAAAUAAGCACAUUGAGGAUCUGUCUCAGGGCUACAGGACAUUUGAAGAUUUCCUGCAUGAGGGUUUGGUGGAGUAUCUGGACGUCAAUGAGGAGAACGACUGCCAGAUCGCUAUUUAUGAAUAUAUGAUUACCAAAGAUACAACACAUUUGGAGAUCGAGCCGUUCACACUGCUCGGGGUCUGUGCCGGCCUCAUCCCCUACCCCCACCAUAACCAGUCGCCCAGGAACACUUACCAGUGCGCUAUGGGCAAACAGGCCAUGGGAACGAUUGGCUACAACCAGAGGAACCGCAUCGACACUCUGAUGUAUCUGCUGGCGUAUCCUAUGAGGCCCAUGGUCAAAACAAAAACCAUUGAGUUGAUCGACUUUGAGAAGCUGCCUGCUGGUCAAAACGCCACCGUGGCUGUGAUGAGCUACAGCGGCUACGACAUUGAGGACGCUCUGGUCCUCAACAAAGCCUCGCUUGACAGAGGAUUUGGUCGGUGCCUCGUCUAUAAAAAUGCCAAGUGUACACUGCGGCGUUACACAAACCAGACCUUUGAUAAAGUGAUGGGACCUAUGUUGGACGCUGCCACACGAAAGCCCAUAUGGAGGCACAGCAUCCUGGACGCUGAUGGUAUCUGUUCUCCAGGUGAGAGAGUGGAAAACAAGCAGGUGUUGGUGAACAAGUCGAUGCCAACUGUCACCCAGACGCCACUGGAGGGCAGUACCCAGCCAGGCCAACCCCAGUACAGAGAUGUGCCCAUCAGCUAUAAGGGCUCGACAGACUCUUACAUAGAGAAAGUCAUGAUCUCAUCCAACGCUGAAGAUGCUUUCCUCAUCAAGAUCCUCCUGAGGCAGACCAGGAGACCUGAGAUCGGAGACAAAUUCAGCAGUCGACAUGGACAGAAAGGUGUUUGUGGCCUCAUCGUCCCACAGGAGGACAUGCCGUUCUGUGACUCUGGCAUCUGUCCAGACAUUAUCAUGAACCCUCAUGGAUAUCCCUCCAGAAUGACGGUGGGCAAGCUGAUUGAACUACUCGCUGGGAAGGCAGGGGUCCUGGACGGACGCUUUCACUAUGGUACAGCCUUCGGAGGCAGUAAGGUGAAGGACGUGUGCGAGGAUCUGAUCCGUCAUGGGUACAACUACCAGGGCAAGGACUACGUCACCUCAGGGAUCACUGGAGAACCUCUGGAGGCUUACAUCUACUUUGGACCGAUUUAUUAUCAGAAACUGAAGCACAUGGUUCUGGACAAAAUGCACGCCCGAGCCCGAGGACCGAGGGCAGUUCUCACCAGGCAGCCAACUGAGGGACGCUCCAGAGAUGGAGGUCUGCGUCUGGGUGAGAUGGAGCGUGACUGUUUGAUCGGCUACGGAGCCAGUAUGUUGCUGCUGGAGCGACUCAUGAUCUCCAGUGAUGCCUUCGAGGUGGACGUGUGCGGACAAUGUGGCCUGCUGGGAUACUCUGGAUGGUGUCACUACUGUAAGUCGUCCUGCCAUGUUUCCUCCUUGCGGAUCCCAUACGCCUGCAAACUGCUGUUCCAGGAGCUGCAAUCUAUGAACAUCAUCCCCCGACUCAAACUGUCACGCUACAACGAGUGACCAGGUCAGGGACAGAAACACAGUCUGCAUGAGUUGAACAUGUAGGGAUAGUGAACUGAUUCACACUGUUUGAAACAGAGUAAGUUGUACGAGAUGUUUGAGCUGUGAAUGGGCAGAAAGUUAAACUAAGUUUGAAUAAUUAGCAUUUUGACAUUUUUGUUAUUGUUUACAAACCAAGACAGUGUGACGCUGAGUACAUCUUUCUCUGUUCUUCAUCAUGUUUCAUUAUUUUUACUUUGUAUGUGUAAAUAAUAAACACAAAAGAUUAUUUCACAA